AUGGGAACGAGACUAUUGUGCUCAAUUCACUUCCUAGCCAUCCUUCUCUUGUUCAAUGUAAAAUCAACUCUUGCUGUUUUAUCUAGCAAUACUGGCACCUCAAGUUAUUUUGGCGGGAAUGAGACAGAUUAUCAGGCUUUGUUGGCCUUCAAGACAAAGAUAACACAAGACCCUGGAAACGUAUUGAGCUCGUGGAAUGAUUCCCUCCAUUUCUGCCAGUGGGAAGGUGUAACAUGCGGCCGCAAGCAUAGAAGAGUCACUGUAUUAAACCUUAAGUCCAGAGGUUUGGUGGGUUCCUUGUCUCCAUACAUAGGCAACCUCAGCUUCAUGAGGGUAAUCGAUCUCUCGAACAAUACCAUUGGAGGCAAGAUUCAUAAUGAAGUUGGUCGUCUAUUCAGGUUGCGAGUAUUGAGCCUGAGUAACAACUCCUUCCAAGGAGAAAUUCCUGCAAACCUUUCCCAUUGCGCGAACCUGGAGCACCUUACGGUCAAUUAUAGUAACCUUUCAGGGUCAAUCCCGACGGAGUUCGCUUCUUUGUCAAAGCUGGUGGUAUUUUCUGUUGGCAAAAACAAUCUCAUGGGAAGAAUCCCACCUUUCAUUGGAAACCUUAGCUCUCUCCAAGUCUUAUCUCUAUCCUAUAAUGUCUUGAAAGGACAGAUUCCAAAUGACUUAGGCCAAUUAGGAAGCUUACAAAUUCUUGCACUGGGAGAAAAUAAACUCUCUGGUUUGAUUCCAUCGUCUUUGUAUAAUCUUUCAUCUAUAAUUAUUUUUUCAUUGUCUGAAAAUGAGUUUAGUGGAACUCUUCCCACAGACUUAUUCCUCACUAUUCCUCAUCUCCAGUUGCUUCAAAUAACUGGAAACAAUUUUACCGGAUCUAUUCCGACCUCAUUAUCUAAUGCUUCAGAGCUACAAAUCUUCGAUGUUGGAAGCAACAAACUUACCGGAAAAGUUUCAGUUAAUUUUGGAGGCUUACAACAUUUGGAAGAUAUACUUUUUUAUGAAAAUAAUUUAGGAAGCGGAGAUGUUGAUGAAUUGGACUUCAUUAAAUCUCUAGUCAAUUGUAGCCGAUUGAAGACCUUUAUCCUCGAAGACAAUCAAUUCAAAGGUAUGUUGCCAAAUGUUUUGGGAAAUCUUUCAACCCAACUUGAAUAUUUUAUGAUCAGCAACAAUCUUAUUUUUGGGGAAAUCCCUUCAGGGAUAGGUAAUUUGAUUAGCAUGAACCACUUAUGGAUGGCUGGUAAUGAACUCACAGGCACAAUCCCAAGAGAUAUUGGUAACCUCCAAAAGCUACAAAGAUUAUUUUUAUCUAACAACAAACUCUCAGGAAGGUUACCAAUUACCCUUGGAAACCUAUCUUCAAUGAGUUAA